AUGCAGAGGUUCUUGUAUACGAAGGGGGAAGUACAGAAACUAGUUGACAGUUAUCGCAAAAGGCAACACAGAGAUCCUGCUAUACUUCUCCAUCAGCUUUGGGAAGAGUUAGAGAAACGUUUUGGGAACACAGCACUUAUUGCCAACACUCUCAUGAAAAAGCUGUCGAAGGCAGCUAAAUUCAAUGAGAAAGAGUUUAAAAAACUUCAAGCCUUUGCCGACAUUUGCGUAGAACUUGACAGUCAACUUCAGUUUCUCCCAGGCUUCGCCUAUCUUAACUACCCCAAUGCUAUAAGACCAAUUCUAGAGAAGUUACCAUUUUCCCUACGUUUGAAGUGGGAAAAGGAAGUGCCGAAACACGCUGAGGAAAAUCAUAAUGCAUACCCGGGAUUCCACAAAUUCACAUCUCUUGUACAGAAGCAAGCAACAUUAAGAAAUCAUCCAAACGUUCUCGCUAGUUUUAACCCCAUCCUGAGGGAUUCUAAGCAGAAAGGCCAAGACAAUAUAUUUCCUCCUUUUGAUCCAGAAGCAACAGCUCUUAAGUUAAAGACAGACCCUCCUGUGGAUCGACACCUAGAAGAAGCCUCAACCGAAAAAGAUGUGGAGAAUCGGUGUCUCUUCCAUGACACAAAGGGCCACAAUCUCAUGAACUGUAAAGCUUUCGCUCGGAAAGCAUUAAGUGCAAGAAUAGAAUGGACCAAACGAGCCAGACUAUGUUUCCGAUGUCUUACUCUAGGACAUCAAGCGAACAGCUGCAAGCUUGACGUAAAAAAAAAAAAAGAAGAAUCCGAAGAGGACAAGGAGAAGGAUGGCGAUGAGAAGGAUGGCAAGGAGGUUGCAUCGAGAUGUUCAUCCGUUUGCGAAGGAAAGCCUGGGGGACUAUCAUGUGCAAAGAUCAUAUUGGUAGAUGUCUUUCUAGAAGGAGAUUCAAAACAAUACCACAGAGUUUAUGCUAUUAUUGAUGACCAGAGUAAUGCGUCGAUGAUUUCCACUGACCUCACAAGUAAACUAGGAGCAACUGGACCACGAGAGAAAUUUUUGCUAUCAACUUGCAGCACCGAAAAGGAAAUAAACUAUGGUCGCCGAAUCACGGGGCCUCAGAAUAAGAUCUAUGCAAGGCGAAGAGUCAAGAUUACCUACGCCGAUAGAAUGUGA